AUGCAUCUCAUCUCUCUUCUCACCUGCCUGGCAGCAGUCUCACUUGCUGCCCCAACGAACUUCCUAGACGAUGCAUACGAUUGGUCAGAUGAGCUGGCUGACUUCUACGGAACAGUGAGCCAGUUCAUCAGCUCCGCAAAGCACAACAUCAGAUCACCAGAUGCUUGCGACAUCUCCAAGAUUGCUCUGCCCUCCUACGCCUCAGGUCUUCCCGGCCCCACAGGCUUGAAGCCAGUCUAUGUUGCACUUGGACGUGGCACUCAGAACUAUACAUGUGCGAGCUCUUCAUCCAAUACCACACCAGUGGCAGCAGGAGCCGUCGCAAGGCUUUACAAUGCCACAUGUCUCGCAGCCAACUACCCAAGUAUUGUUGAGAAACUCCCGAGCAUCGCAUACAAGAUUACUCUCCCGACCAACGAACUGGCCUCUUUCCCCCCUGCCAACAUUGAGCUUAUGGGACAUCAUUUCUUCUUUGAUGCGACGACCCCGGAGUUCAACCUCAACACUACACCAGACAAGCAGGACGGCAUUGUCAUGUCGAAGAAGCAAGGUCAGAUUGCUGCGCCUUCUGAUGCUACCUCCGGGAAGUAUGGCGCCGUUGCCUGGCUCUACCUCACCACCACUGAUGGCACCAUUGGCAACUACAAGAGUGUCUAUCGAGUUGACACUGCGGCUGGGUCACCUCCAAAGACCUGCAAGGGUUUGCCUGCUGCAUUCCAGAUACAGUAUUCUGCAAACUACUAUUUCUUCGGGGAAUGA